AUGUGUGAUACGGAGCUAAGCGACCUGGUGAAAAAGUUCCAGGCCAUUCAGCGACAGGAGGUCCCCAAUCAGAUUGGCGAGCGUAACGUAGUCGAGAUCAUCAAUGUCCUGCGAGAAAAGAAAAUGGUUGACCUCCUAUACACCCUCGAUGGCAAGGAGUACCUCACGUGGGACCAGCUGCGGCGCGAGGUCGUUGACGAAAUUGUCGUCAACGGUGGGCGGAUGAAUGUGGUCGACCUGCCUGGAUGUCUGAACGUGCACGUCACCUACAUCGAGCGCGUGCUCCCAGAGGUGCUCGAGGACCCUAGCCUCCGCAUCGAAAGCGGGGAGUUUAUGACCGACGAGUACUUGGACUCAACCAUUCAGGCUGCGGCUGAAGCGUUGAAUGAGCAGGGAUUUCUUGACAUCGCGGAAUUCGCAAAGUCCCAUCGGUUUAGCUCCAUUUUUGCACACGACCUCCUCAUGAGGGCGGUGGAGUCGCGGAGGCUACGUGCGGUGGCCGAGGGAAAUGCCAUCUACACGAAGCAGUUCGUGCACUCGCAAAGGGUUAUCUUGCGGGCAGGUCUUAUGGCCGCGACGCGGCCAGUGAACCUGGCAGCAUUCUUCGCGCGGCACAAUCUCUUUCUGCCACUUAUGGAUCCCGUCGUCGACGCCGUGCGUGAUGAGCUCCCCGGCAAAGUCGAGGGAAGAGUUUACGUUCCAACUUGCUUUGAAGUCGCUCGUGCAGAGCAAGUUGAAAACGUUUAUUUCUCCAACGGCUUCAUUGACUACGCACUAUUGCACCAACACGGCAUUCCGCAGGCGAAAGAAUUCCUCCUCGGCAAGUACAACCCUGCCCUGGGAGGGAACGCAGCCGCAGCAACUGGCGCGGAACCGCGGAAGCGGCGAGGCCGUCGCAACCAGAACACCGCGGCCCCCGUGGAAUUGGCGCCGGUGGCUCGUACUGAAAGACACCCGAACGCGGGCCACGCCCUUUCCAGUUGUUUCGUCUCCGAUCGCUUUCUCGCCAAUCUCAUUGCCCUUGAGGAUCUUACGCAGGGUGACACUCUAGCGCUGGACCUUGCGCUUCACUUGCCAUCCGCCGUCGAUUUUGCGCAGGACUCCAAUACACUAUUGGGGCGGCUGCGUGAGCUGCAUCCCAUUAUUAAUUUUUGUGUUGUUCUGGACGGGGGCGUGCUUGUUCAUGGAUCGGCCUUGGAUAAAGUGAAGGCGCGGCUGCGUGCUGUCUUUGAGGAGAGGCUCAAGCAAGGGGGAGACAAGAGACCCAGAAAAGCCUCAGAGCGUACUGUUUUUGGAGACGAGCAAGAACAAACGUUUCUGCGUGUGCUGGCCGAGGUGACGGGCCUCUCCUUGCAGGAGUACUCACAGGCUCUUGAGGACCUUUCGUCUCAAUGGAAGGAUGCGGCGAGGGGCAUCUAUGAUGAGUUGGUGGCCGCUGUGGAACAGAACGCAGCUGUGGACCUGAAGCGGAUGCGUUCCAGGCUUCAGCUCUCACUAGGCUCAGCCUGGGUGGAACUGUUUGUGGCCUCCAAGGGAGUCGCGUGGUGCUCGUCGCAGCUAGAUGAAGUGGCAGCUACAGCCAUUAAUCGGCAUGUGUUGAACACCCGUGCCCUUCCAAUGGUGCGUGACGUUCUUCUUAACGAGAGUCUGGACGCGGCCGAGAUGUUUGCGCGUGUUUCUGAGGUUUUGACGCCGGAACAACCCACUGUUGCCGUAUUCCAAAAGGCGUUGCGGGCUUUUCCAGAAAAGCGGCGUCCGGCGCUGUUGCCCAUGGUAGAGGCUGUCAAUGGCAAGUCGGUAGGGAGCUUUGUAAGCCUUCUGCAGGAAAUGUGCACCACCGGCCAAAUCGCCAUUUCCUCCUUCCACCAGCCGAAUAAAAAGGUGGAGCGGGAAACACUGGCGGCGGUGAAGAAAGAGCUGCGGGAGCGAGUCGAAAAUGGCACCUUUGGUGCCGGUGCGGCCCACGAUGGUGUUCUCUUUGCAUUAAUUUGUAGCCUCCUCCUUCACUCGCAAUUCCGCGUUCACGUGGAGCUUCCUGGGCGCGCGGUGGGAAGUGUGGUCUCGCUUCUCGUGAAGGAGGUGGCGGCGCUCAGCGGGGUUCUUCGGGACGCUCACGAGCUCAUCAUGGGUGCAUUUGGCGGGAAGGAGCUGAGCGCCGAGUCCCUCGUGCGGCUUGAGGAGCUCCGCAUGUUGUCACUGGAGGAGGUGUAG